AUGGAACAACAAGUUGAACAACUCAGAAAUUAGUCUGUUUAAUCGACUUUUGAAGCGAGUAAACCAAAAAGACCUUAUCAAAAAAUUUCUUAAGAAACACGAUCUCAAAUUCUCCACGCCUUGACAGUCGAGAGGUUGUCUUUAUGCAAUGUAAGUGGAUUUUUCUAUCUGAAUAGGUGGCUGAAAUGUUUAAAACGAAGGCGUGCACCUGCAAGGCAAUUUUACAAACGUACGAGCAGGAAGGCAGAAGGGAGAAAAAGACGAGCAGAAGAGAGAGAGUAGAGAUAGACUCACACCUUAAAAUAAUUGUAGUAGAUCCUUUGGGGCGAUCGAACGAAGAAUACAUUAAUAUAAAACAUUCUAAAGUAUAUAAAAUAAACUUAUUAAAAUAUUUUAGAUGUAUACCGAAGAAAAAGAUCUAAGUAGAAAGGAAGAAAAAUAACUCAAAAGAAGACUCUAAUAAGAAAUCUUAGCCCAACUGGAAGAACUGCAAACUGGCUGUUACAAUGUAUAAUAGACAAUCUCGAAGGAGAAUACUUCCGAUGAAAAGGCUCCAGAAAAUAUUGCGCGAGGAGUCAACAUGAGUUUAUAAUUAAUUUAGUCGAAAUUAAAAAUGGACGGUGUCAGUCUGGGUAAGUAAGAAACAAAAAAGUUAAAGGAACUAAAAAAACAUUAGUAAUUAACUAAAUUGGAAGAAUUAGUAAAGGUUGAAGAAGGAAAAAGCAAUUAGAAUUCUUUUAUUUAGUAAGAACAAAAAUUUGAAAUCCCAAAGUCAAAUGGUUAAUAGGAAUUGGGAUAGAAUUACAGUAAAAUUAAGCAAUUUAUAGAAAGUGUUAAUUCAAAAUCAUAAGUAAAUCCAUAAAUUAUUGAUAAAUUAAACUACUUAACAAAUGAAACUAUUUUCUAAAUGAGUCUGAAAUAAAGAUUGUAAGACAAGGAUUUUUAAGUAUCAAUUUUAAAACACAAUGUUUCUAGAUACUUAAAAUAAUAUUUUUUUAGUAAUUGA